AUGAACGAACGCACACCGCUAAAGAUCCACUCGGAUGAAGAAGCCCAGUAUGAAAUCGACGAUUCCGAUGCCGAAGAAACCGUCGGAUUAAGCACGGGCUCCAAAUACCUCCUAGGCAUAUCAUGCAUUGCCAUCCUCUAUCUAUUCACGGUAUUCUUGCCAAACAUGUUCAUCCCAGCUGCCACAAACUUGGUCAACAUCAGUAAAAUAUCGGAAAUUGAUGCGGUGUUAUCCCCCGUUGGCACCUCCAGUUCAAAACGCCACGUUUCUCGACUCAUCCUUAUCGGAGAUGUACAUGCCCACUACACCGAAUUACAACAUUUGCUCAAAAAGGUAAAAUACGAUAGGAAGCAAGACUAUGUGGUGAUGCUUGGGGAUUUCAUCACAAAGGGUCCCGAUUCAAUCAAGGUGUUGGACUACUUGAUUGACAAUGAGAUCGAUUGCAUAAUGGGCAACCAUGAGUACAAUGUGUUGCAGAACUAUGCUAUAUUCCACGGAUUACAACAACCACAAUUUGAGCUUGUUCCUGAUGCGUUUGUGCCAUCUACUAUCCGUAUAAAAGACCUGUUUAAUAACGAUCCAGAGUUUCUCCUUGCCAAGAAACUCCAACCUAAACAUAUCCAAUACAUAAAUAAGUGUUCAGUUAUAAAGAGAUUGGGAGACACUCCAAUAAUGGGGAAAAAUAAGCCAAAGGGUGUCAUCCCGGGUAUAGCAGUGCAUGCCGGUAUACGAUGGGACAUAACCCUAUCUGCACAAGACCCGGAAGAAAACCUUGAAAUGAGAUCAUUUAUAGGACCAUACUAUAAUGAAACAACAUCAGAUCCUAGUUUGCCAGAUGCGGUAUCUUGGUCAAAGAUCUACAAUAUGAAACAGAAAGAGGGAGAAGCAGUGGAAAGAGUCAGUGUUUAUUAUGGACAUGACGCAAGACGGGGAUUGAGUCUUAAAGAGUAUACUAAAGGUUUGGAUACCAGAUGUUCACGAGGCGGGGAACUUACUGCCAUGGUUAUUAGUCUGGAUUUGGGAAAGCAUGAUGAAGUUGUUUACACUGAGGAAACUGUUCUGGUCCAAUGCCAGGAAUAG